AUGCAUAUCAUUUAGGGGCAUUUUUGUCUAAUAAAUAGCAGUUGUUUGGCGAAGCCACUGUGUAGUGUAAUCUUGUUCUGUUUGCUAAAUUUGAAGGUUGCUUCGCUGCUAUAUCAAACUUGGGGUUGUAUGAAUUCUACAUGCGUCAAGCAUGUCUUAUGAAAGAACAAAGUAUUAGAAACAUAGUGAUCUGAGUUGAGUUGUCUGCCAAAAUUCGACCCUUGAAGACUCAAAAUUGUACCAAAGGGAAAGCGUCAAGCAUGUCUCCAGAUUGUUCUGAGACACUUGUUAAACUGACAAAAGAUGAAAAAAUUAUAAGUUGUGCAGCAUGUGUUAAUCCACCCAGUCAAAUGCCUGGAGUUUUGGACAUAACUUCCAUUGUCAAGAGAGACACCGUCAGUUGUCUAUCUACAUUGCCUGGUUUUUCUAUAAUACCAGCCUGUGAAGAUCCCCAUCAGGAAAAAGAGUGGGGGAAGUUCCUGGAUUUCCUUCAGAAGCAUACAAGGGUCGCUAUAUCAAAGUCAAAGUUCGGAUUGUAUGAAUUCUACAUACUACCCCCCCUUGAAAACUCAAAAUUCGACCUUGUAACUGUUCUAUACAAAGGGAAAGCGUCAAGCAUUUCUCCAGGGGUUGCUGAUUCUGAACAAAUAUCUCCACCUACAUCUCAGGCUGGUGAGUCUGCUCUGUCGUUCUCAAACCUAACUCGGAAUAAAACUUCUCCUGAGAUACAAUGUGCAGAAGUAAAUGGAGAUUACUCUUGUGAUUUGGCAGCUAAAACUAGGAGUAAAUUAGGAAACUCUGAUGGAAUGGUUAAAUCCUUUCAGAGAAAUUAUGUAACAGCACAUCCCAGUUAUCUGAAAACACUUGGUCAGGCACAUUCCAGUUGGAUAUUUGGUGCAGUUGCUGAGCUUGUUGAUAAUGCAAGAGAUGCCAAAGCAACCAAACUGGAAAUAGCUAUGAAUAUGUUCUACUCCAAAAUUGCUGGCAAAGAAAUUCCUCUGUUGUCAUUUGUCGAUGAUGGACAUGGAAUGAGCCAUGCAGCCAUCCAAAGAAUGAUAUCAUUUGGCCAUGCGCAAACUGAAGUUGAUGACCCCAAUCAUAUUGGAAAGUAUGGAAUUGGAUUUAAGACUGGGACUAUGCGACUAGGCAAGGAUGCUUUGGUUCUGACACAGACAACUGAGACCAGAUCAAUUGCUUUCCUAUCACAGUCGCUGAAUGAAGGAAAAGAGAAUUUGGAGAUCCCCAUUGUAAGCUACCGCAGAGUUGGGCAGUCCAUGGAAGUGGACACAGAUGUCCAGAAUGAGGAAGCAGCGAAGUUUUACUUGAAGAUCAUUAAAAAAUAUUCCCCAUUUGAUAAGUACCUUAUUGGUGAAAAAGUAGGUAUAUUUGGGGCAAAUGGUACUGGAACGCAAAUUUAUAUAUGGAAUCUGGAUGAAUGGGGAUCAGCUUAUAGUUUGCAAUGGGAAGCUGGGAUUGCUGGCGGGAGUUCGUUUCAUCAGGGCGGUAUAUUUAUUAGGUCAAGAAGGAUAAGAUCUCGUCCAGGGCAAAUGUCUAGCGUGGUGCCUCUGGACUAUUGUCUGAAAUCGUAUUUGGAGCUGAUAUUCUUAGAUCCAAGGAUGAAGAUCUAUGUACAGGGAGCACUGGUUAAAAGUCGACCCCUUGCCAAAUCUUUGAAUAAAACCAAUGUUGAAAAUGGCACCAUCUUGGGAAAACCAGUUCAACUUACUCUUGGCCGUUCUCAAUUGGAAUGGGAGCAAGCAAAUUGUGGCAUAUUUUUAUAUUGGCACGGGCGUUUAAUUGAGGCUUAUAAGAGAGUUGGAAGCAUGAUUCACAAUGGAGAUUGUGGGCGUGGUAUCAUUGGGGUGGUUGAUGUUACUAAAAUAAUGGAUGAUGACAAUGGUUGUGUCUGGGUGCACAACAACAAGCAAGGAUUCCAAGACUGCGAAGCUUAUGCUGUACUGGAGCAGUGGCUAGGUGAAAAAGCUGAUGAAUAUAUAGAUGAAUAUGUUGAUAAGAUUCAAUUGAGAAAGGGUAAUGCGCUAUCCAAACCUGAUCAUGAGUGGGUGCAGUGUGACAAAUGCAGAAAAUGGAGGAUGUUAAACACUGAUUUUGACAGCAAGAUGUUACCUUCACAAUGGUUCUGUUACAUGGCGCCUUUUUAUGGAACCUGUGAGACACCCGAAGAACCAGUCGCAAGUGGAACAGUUACAAUAUCAACCAAGCGUCAUGGAUACAACACUAAAGAUCCAACAGAAUCAAGAAACAACUUUCCCAAAGAAGCAGUUAAUAGAUCAGAAGCUUAUAUGCAGGCAUUGCUACCUAUAAUACUGAAUCAGAAGAGGAUGAUGCCAAGUUUCCUGUAAAGCGGAAGCGAUGCUCUCUGCCAAGGAUCUGCAAGAAGAGUUGAUCAUGUCUAGGUUUUAUACACUAUCUAUCGUAGGUCAGAACGCUUCUCUAAUCUUACUCAAUAUAUGCUUAACGCUACCUCGAUUCUAGUCCUUUUGUAGCUAUUGCCGUAAAUGAUUUUGACAAAAUCUUAACUUGCAACCUGACUUGGUCAGAGCAGAUUCUGUGAGAGAGAUCUGGAGAGUUGUUGCUGUACAGAACUAAUUGUCCAUAGUAGUAACAUGAUGCUGAAGUUGUAUAUCACUUUCUUCAACCAUUGAGCUCUAGUAGGCUAUCAUCUCCUUAAUUUUUAUAAGGUUUACUAACUUUGUCCUGAUUUUAGUUGUCGAUGCAUUUUAUAGAUUUUUGUAACACUACUUUUUGUUGUUGCAAAAUUAAUACUGUCCAAAUUUUCAUGACGAUAAAAUGAUGUGUGACAUGAUAAAGACAAUUUGUUGAGUUGUUGUAAGUUAAUGGAUUUUAGCGAUGAACCGAAUUGACCAA